AUGUUGAAGAACUUGCUGAACAAGGUGGGCUGGGGGGAGCUCCCCAGCAGUUUUGGAUACUCCAUCGGUGAGAAGGUGGAUCUUCCAUUCUCUUGGAAUUGGGAGUUGCACAAAGGGCAAAAGAAGAGCGAUGGCAGCGCCGUCUCCGUCUUCAUGUGUCCCAAGAAGGACAUGGAUCCCGCCAAGAUUGCGGCGGCAAAGAAUGCAGAUCAGGUCUCAAAAACCUUGAGGCAUCCCAAUGUUCUGCGAUCCUUUACUUCCUUGGAGACUGAAGGGGGCUUCUACAUGGUCACCGAAGAGGUGGUGCCCUUAUCCUGUGCAAAACCUGCAGAGGGUGAUGAGCACACACCAGCGGUCUGGGGACUCUACCAGGCCUUGGACGGCUUGAGCUUUCUACAUUCCAGCGGCUUCACCCAUGGACUCUUCGGUCCACUGGCGAUCUUCGUGACCACACAGGGCGACUACAGGCGACCGGCCGUUCGAUCGCCCAGCUCGGUGGCGCCACAAGGCCGAGGUGGCCAAGAGUCCGACGUUGCCAAGGGAUGCCAAGCGGUGGGGGAAAGCGGCGCCCAGCGACGGAACCAUGGAAUGCGGCAGCGCCAUGCGGCCGAAGGUUUGAGGGUUUGA